UUAAGUCAAAAAAUAUGGAAGAUACAGAACUGAAGACCAGAAGCUCAGCCAGAGCCAAGAAAUUGUCCCAACAUAUGAAGGUAGUAGACGAGGAAACCAGGAGACAAGUCAUGCAGAGUAGACUAGACGCAUUAGAGGGAGAUAACCUGUUUGAUAAUAUGCCUGAUGCCGAGCCUGGAACCAACCCUGAGCUUGAGGAAUACGAACUUGGCGAAGCAGAGCUGUUUAAGACUGAGACACCUAAGCAACUAGAGAAGAAAAAGAACGCUAGUAGGAUUCAAAAUGCGACAAGGAGGAUUACACGAAAAGAAGCGAAUAACAAGAGUUUAGCCCUAGGAUAUACAAACACUUCUUCAAAGUCUGGAGGAAAUAAGAGCAAAAGAGGAAAGCUGAACCUUCCAAAGAUUUUCUACAGGGAGUUUUAUGAAGAAGAUGACAUGAAUUUUCCAAAUUACCUCUCAGUAGUUGCAAAGCCAUCUAUCUAUCCUCAAAGAUUCUUCUGCUCUGUUUGAGGAUACCAUGCUACAUACUCCUGUGUGAGGUGAGGAAUGAGGACAUGAUCUCUCAAGUGUGAUGAAACCCAUAAAGAAACGAAAUGCAUAAAAUUUGCAGAUUAGGAAUCAGCCAUCUUCAAUAGACUAAU